AUGGUGUCCGUUCUCGGUCCACCUGCGCCGCCGACUCGGGAGGGCGAGGUCAUGACCAUCUCGAGAGUCACCCGCGACGGACGACGCCUUCACUAUGACCUCCAGGUUCUGCAGCAGCCGGAGCGGGCCCGUGCCUGCGGUUCUGGCCCAAAGUCCUCUGCCGAUCGUCGACCGGUUGAUCCACCACCCGUGGUGCAGAUGAAGAUAUUCGAGGGCUCGCACAGGGAGAACGCCAAGGACAUCACCUUUGCCUACAACGCCGACUUCUUCCUCUACGCUAACCUGCACCAUGCCCAUGAUGUCGCCAGCGGUCGAGUCGCUCCACCCAGCACGCCCCCAGUGCUCACCGGCAUGCCUGUGUCGAGCAUGAUCCUGCUGGACCGGCCAACCGAGGCGGGCUAUUUUAUCUUUUCUGACCUUUCCGUGCGCCACGAGGGCAAGUACUACCUCACCUUCUCCCUCAUGGAAGAGGUCAAGGAGGACAGGGACAAGGAUGCCGAUGAGCCCAUGUCUGGCACUGAUGAGAUUGUCGGUCCCGAUAUUGGUCCGGGCCAGGAGGUGCGCUGCUGGAACUUCCGCACGACCGUCCAGACGGACGACUUCGAUGUGUACAGCGCCAAGAAGUUCCCAGGCCUACAGGAAAGCACGCAGCUGAGCCGCACCGUCGCCGAGCAAGGCUGUCGGGUGCGCAUCCGUCGCGAUGUUAGAAUGAGACGCCGUGAGAAGGGCAAGGGCAAGGACGCCAGUGCUCGGGACGACGAGUACUCUCGUGCAGCUGCCGCUGCCUCUGCCGCCCCACCCCCAGAAAGGACACCGACUAUUCGCGGCCGGUCUCCCAGCAACGCCAGCCUGGAGCGCGCCCCGUAUCCUCAGGAUCUGCACCGCCGUCCAUCGGGAAUGGAGUUCGCCCCUCCGAGACCAUCCUUUGCGGCGUCGGAGCCUUCCGCAAACAGGCAUCUGACCUUCGGCGGUCAACCCAUGGCAUAUCCUCACCCGCACUCGGUUCCUACCUCGCCAUCAUACCCGCCGCCCGGGACGCACUACGGUCACCGGCCGUCGUACCCUUACAAGCCGGAGCCGUCGCCGACGCAGGCUUAUACGCCUCAGACUGGCCCCUCCCCAAGAGACGUGUACCAACGACCACAACCGGCCGCAAACCCACCGCCACCGGCACUGGCACCGAGGCUCGAGCCGGACGUGGAGCCACAGAGGCCCCGGAACACUGUCCUCCCGCCCAUCUCGGAGUUCGCAAACGGCAUUGCGCCACAGCGCAAGUCCUCGUACACCCCACUGCCAAUCGCUCCGAUGCCACCUCGUCCUCAGCAGUACCAGCCUCACAAGCCGGACAUGGCUUCGCCCUCGAAGAUGGAACACCAGAUGGCGCCAUACAAGAUGGAGCAGCGUCACCCUUCAUACCAUAAGAUUGAAUACGUGUCGCCGCCCCCGGCGCCUUCAGCAUCGUACAGUGGACAGCCGCUCCUGGCGGAACCGUCGACGUCGCGUAACAAGCGACGGCACGGGGAGGCUUUCUCGACGGCGGACUACGGGCGCCCCCAGCACGGCCGGUGGGAGAACGGAGUGCGCGAGUAUAACUUCAGUGCCCCCGAGUACGACCGUGCGUCCGGAAACCGCAUCCCGGUCCUCUUCGCUCCAGUGCGGAAUUAA